UGUAGUUUGUCUAGUGCGGUCUAGUGUUAUCGUGUGGUUCUUUGGUGCUUUGGUGUGUCUCGCGUAAGCGGUUGGUUAGGUGUGGUGUUGCGGCAUGUUGGUUGUUCCAGUAUUUAUUGAAUUGUCCCUCGAGGACCAGGCGCAGGAACUGCGAGCAUAUUUUAAAAGUCUCGGUGCCGAAAUAUCUGAAGAAAAGUCCCCGAAAGGCAUAGAAGAUGAUUUGCAUAAAAUAAUUGGAGUUUGUGAUGCUUGUUUCAAAGAAGUCCCUGAAGCAGAAAUUGAAAGCAUCCUUAAUGGAAUUGUUUCAAUGCUUGUUUUGAUUCCUGUUGAGAGAGCAGAAAAUUUGAUUCUUGCAUUUUGUGAGAAACUGACAAAAGCACCAGGAUAUAAACUAGGAAUAGUAUCUUUGAGGGUUGGCUGGCUGAUGUUUCAGUCUUUGGAUGAGCAUUCUCCCAUGCGGUAUCAUGUAUAUUACCACUUGGUGCAAGUGGCUAAGCAAGUAGAUCAAGUUCAAGCAGUUUUUAAAGAUGUAGAUCACUUGAAACAGCAGUUCGCUGCCUGCCCACCUUCAAAUGAACAAAUGCAGAAACUUCUCCGACUUCUUCAUGAAGUCCUUUUGGGUUGUAAACAAAGUGAAUUGGCCUCGAAAGUAAUGGUUGAGUUGCUGGGAACAUACACAGCAGAGAACGCAUCACAAGCACGAGAAGAUGCGCAGCGCUGUAUUUUAGCUGCUCUGGCGGAUCCGAACACUUUCUUAUUGGACCCAUUGCUUGCACUGAAGCCUGUUCGAUUUCUGGAAGGAGAACUCAUCCAUGAUUUGCUCUCUGUGUUUGUGGCAGAGAAAUUGCCCAGCUAUCUACAUUUCUACCAGCAUCAUAAAGAAUUUGUUCAUUCUCUGGGUUUAAAUCAUGAACAGAACAUGAAGAAGAUGAGGUUGUUAACUUUUAUGCAGUUGGCUGAGGGCAAUUCAGAGAUGUCUUUUGAUACAAUACAGCAAGAAUUGCUGCUUGAAGAAAGUGAAGUGGAAGCUUUCAUAAUAGAUGUUCUGAAGACCAAACUUGUGAGGGCUCGCAUGGAUCAAGCUGCCCGCAAGGUGUACGUAUCGAGCACAAUGCAUCGCACAUUUGGAAGAGCCCAGUGGCAGCAACUGCGCGAUCUACUCCACUCAUGGAAAACCAAUCUACAGAUAACUCAAGAAGGCAUGAAGAGUGUUGCAGCAGCCCAGAUGGAUCUUCUUGCACAGCAGUGAAUAGCCCAUAUGGGUAGUGUGUGAUGUUCAGGAGUGGACUUAUUGACACGAGCAUGAAUAUGUCAAUCUUUAUUGACCACUCUUGUGUCUGGCGUGUAAAUAUCUGUAGCCAGAUUAACUUCUGAAAACAUGCAUAGAAUUUGGUCUGCAUUUGCCAUUUUGUAAAAAGACUAUUGAAAUAAAAGAGAUUUCAAAGUAGAAACUUUA